AUGCUCGAGCGGGUGCUCGCGCGCCUCCCGCCCGCCGGCUUCUUCCGCCUCCGCGGCGUGUCCCGGCGCUGGCGCGACGCCGCGGGGUCGCCGGCCUUCCUCGCCGCGUGCGCGCGCGUCCCCGCCCGCGACCCCUGGUUCCUCAUGCUGUCCGACUCCGACCGACAGGACGCGCGCCCGGCCACGCCGUCGCGUUCGACGCCGGCGAGGGGUCCUGGCGCGCCGCCGCGGUCCCCGGGCCCGGUGCCCGUGGCCGCCGCGGGCGGGCUCGUGCUCUACCGCGCGCCCGACACCGGCGCGCUCACCGUCGCCAACCCGCUCACCGGCGCCUCCCGCGCGCUCCCGCCCCCGCCGCCGGCCCCACUCCAGGCCGUCGCCAUGUACGGCUCGCCCUACCGCGUCGUCCUCAUCCUCGGCAAGCUCACGGACCUCUCCAUGUCCGCGUUCGACCCCUCCACCAACUCCUGGUCCGUCCCAGUCCCGCUCUCUCGCAAGCCAGACCCAGACUCACCCGCCGAUGCCAACACACCAGCCCCGCGCGGCAACAACGACGACAACGACGUAGACGCCGACGCCGACGAAGACGACGGCACGGUCUUCUUCCUGACCAAGUCCGGCACCUUCUAG